UCCGUCAGAAGUCUGCUGCUACUGGUCGAGGUCUGUGGUGGGGGGCGAUCCUAUUGUAUUUGGAACUCAAAAGCUUGAACGCGCAUAUUCCAACAGCACAGUAUUUGUUCAAGGUCCCCUAAAACCAGAGAGAACAGGAGUGGACGUACUUUAAUGCAGAUCUAACAUUUCCGCGGGACAGCUCUGAGAUUCACCAACACCAUUAAUAUCCCACUAAUUUAGCAGAUUUACACCUGUCUUCUUAUCGCCAAGACUGGUGACAGUCUGGAACCAUCGAGAUGAUUGUUUAGAAUACUUUGAGAGCAUAUGAAAACAGCCGACCAGAACAUUUUCUAGACGACUCGCUCCGGGACAACUCUUCCGGCAGUGUGUGUUGGUGCUUGAGACGGAGAAGCACCUGCUCUAGCCUGCGGGAAGUUGAUUAUGUGUAGGCGCUUUCUGACCUCUACUGCGUCAGUUUUUGUGCAUUUCGCUGCUGAGAGGAUAGCCGUGUCCCGAGGAGGAUGCCGUACAGGCUGAAGACGCAGUCCUGAAGAUUGAUGGAGGGCCAUGCUAUUCAAACAGCAGGCGUUGCUGAGACAGAAGCUCUUCUUGUUGGGCAGCCUUGCUAUUGGGAGUCUCCUCUAUCUAGUGGCCAGGGUUGGGAGCUUGGAUAGGCUGCAGCCUAUUUGCCCCAUAGAGAGCCGACUGGGCCCUCCUCACCUGCCGGAGCAGAUCCCUCUCCGGACCCUGCAGUAUAAGCGUGGUCUGCUCCACGAGAUCCGCAAGGGCAAUGCCACCAAAGAGCAGAUCCGCCUGCACAACCUGGUGCAGCAACUGCCACGGGCCAUCAUCAUCGGAGUGCGCAAGGGGGGCACGCGCGCCCUGCUGGAGAUGCUCAACCUGCACCCAGCUGUGGUCAAGGCCUCGCAGGAGAUCCACUUCUUUGACAACGAACAGAACUACGCCCGGGGCAUCGACUGGUACCGGGAGAAGAUGCCCUUCUCCUUCCUCCACCAGAUCACCAUUGAGAAGAGCCCCGCCUACUUCAUCACAGAGGAGGUCCCCGAACGCAUCUUCAAGAUGAACUCCUCCAUCAAGCUGUUGAUUAUUGUGCGUGAGCCCACCACCAGAGCUGUGUCCGACUACACACAGGUGCUGGAGGGCAAGGAGCGUAAGAAUAAGACCUACCACAAGUUUGAGAAGCUGGCCAUCGACGGCAACACGUGUGAGGUGAACACAAAGUAUAAGGCGGUACGGACCAGCAUUUACACCAAGCACUUGGAGCGCUGGCUGAAGUUCUUCCCCGUGGAACAUUUUCACAUUGUGGACGGCGACCGUCUGAUCACAGACCCGCUGCCUGAGCUGCAGCUCGUCGAGCGCUUCCUCAACCUCCCCUCCAGGAUCAGCCGGUAUAACCUGUAUUUCAAUGCCACCAGGGGAUUCUACUGCCUGCGAUUUAACAAUGUCUUCAACAAGUGCCUGGCAGGCAGCAAGGGGCGCAUCCACCCUGAGGUGGACCCCUCAGUAGUGGCCAAAUUGAGGAAGUUCUUCCACCCCUUCAAUCAGAAGUUUUAUCAGAUUACUGGGAGGACGUUCAACUGGCCCUGAGAAACUAAGGGAAGGUCUAGGCCUAGCCUAUUUGAACUUCUUAACUGAAGUUGUUCUGUUGGCAUUUUCAAGAUGUCAACCACAACAAUAUUAAAGGACAUUAAAAGCACUUUGAUUGAAUUUAAUACGUCGAGGAGAGUGGGGUAAGUCGAGCCGAAGGGUUAGUUGAGCUACUCCUUGUUUCUAGGAAACCAUACACAAAAUGUACCAUGUGACCAAAUAUUAAGGAAGAGGUCGUCAUUUCAUGGAGUCUAUGAAGAAAAAAACACAUGGACAAAUUGGUAAGCAAGUUAGGGCAAAUGAAUGUAUUGUGUUAUAGGUUUCAUGCGACUUGUAACUAAACCAAGGUGGAUUGUUUUGUAUAUCAGUUGGGGUCUCUAUAAGCUAUAAUAUGAGGUCCUAAACCUAGCAUGAAAGCGCAUCCUUGUACCUAUGUGGGCUAAUAUAGUAAAAAUGUUUGCCUUGGGGUAAGUUGAGCCAAUGGCCACCAUAACCCAUACAGAUUAUGAUUACAUAUAGUCAGGUUUAUGCAUAAUAUGCAUAGUAUUUUUGCAAUGUGUCAUGCAUAUGAACUCAAUAUACUGCAUUUGUAUUGUUAUAGAGCAGACCUAAUCAUUCCCUGUGUAUACAAAUGUAAAACAUGCAGGGAUCUAGCCCCUCUUUAGGUUCUUGAGAGAGCAGCCAAGGAAGUGAGAGAAGGGAAAAAGUCCAUUCCAGAAGCACCAAGGGAUGAAAAAAUGUACUGAAUGACGCUGAGGUACAUUGACAAAAAUGAAAACAAACAUGUACCUGUGUGAAAGAGAGGCUGUGACAGAGUAGCAGAGACACACAAGGUCUUAUCUGAUGACAUGGAGUCUGAGCUGUAUAAAGAGAGGCUGUGAUAGAGUAGCAGAGACACACAAGGUCUUAUCUGAUGACAUGGAGUCUGAGCUGUAUAAAGAGAGGCUGUGAUAGAG